UCCCACAAAAAAUGAUUGCAGGCAAAGCAGGAGUCAAUGGACCCAAAGCCGAUAAUCACGGUCCUCUUCUUAAUCUCCGCCACCGUCAUCGCCGCCCAAGAAUACGUCCGACCACCGCCUCGCAAGGCCCUCCAUUUCCCAUGGAGUCGAAAACCCUCUUCGCUUCCCCAGCAGGUGCACAUCUCUUUUGCAGGAGACAAGCACAUGCGGGUGACGUGGGUCACUGAUGAUAAAUCUGCUCCUUCAGUUGUUGAAUAUGGAACAUCAUCUGGGAAAUACAGUUCUGUAGCUCAAGGAGAAAGCACCUCCUAUACUUAUAUGCUCUAUAAGUCAGGAAAGAUACACCAUACUGUCAUUGGGCCUCUUGAACAUGACACCGUUUACUUCUACCAAUGUGGAGGCCAAGCUCCUGAGUUUCAGUUCAAGACCCCUCCAGCUCAAUUUCCGAUUACUUUUGCUGUGGCUGGAGAUCUUGGACAAACUGGAUGGACGAAGUCAACGCUAGACCACAUUGACCAGUGCAAAUAUGAUGUGCAUCUGCUUCCUGGAGACCUUUCAUAUGCUGAUUACAUUCAGUCUCGGUGGGAUACAUUUGGUGAGCUGGUGCAGCCACUUGCAAGUGCAAGGCCAUGGAUGGUAACCCAAGGGAACCAUGAAAAGGAAAAUAUACCAUUGUUAAAGGAUGGGUUUCAAUCCUAUAAUUCCAGGUGGAAAAUGCCGUAUGAAGAAAGUGGAUCAAGUUCAAAUCUUUACUAUUCCUUUGAAGUUGCAGGUGUCCAUGCUAUCAUGCUCGGUUCAUAUACUGAUAAUGAUGAGUAUUCAGAUCAAUACAGGUGGCUGAAGGCUGAUCUUUCAAAGGUUGACCGACAGAAGACACCUUGGUUGCUCGUGCUCUUUCAUGUUCCCUGGUACAAUAGUAACAAGGCUCAUCAAGGUGAAGGGAACAGCAUGAUGGCAGCAAUGGAGCCAUUGCUUUAUGCUGCCAGUGCGGAUAUAGUAUUUGCUGGUCAUGUUCAUGCUUAUGAACGAACGAAACGCGUGAACAAUGGAAAAUCAGAUAGAUGCGGUGCUGUCCACAUAACCAUUGGUGAUGGCGGAAACAAAGAAGGCUUGGCUCACAAGUAUAAAAACCCACCACCCGAGUGGUCGGUUUUCCGGGAAGCAAGUUUUGGUCAUGGUGAGCUGAAUAUAGUGAAUUCAACCCAUGCCUUUUGGACCUGGCAUAGGAAUGAUGACGAGGAGCCUGUUAGGUCCGAUCAGGUCUGGAUAACCUCGUUGGUUAGUUCAGGAUGUGUUGCUGAGAAGACACUUGAACUAACGAAGAUACUUACGGAACCAUAGAUACUUACGGAACCAUAUAUACUAAGAUUCUCCCUUUAUGUUGUUCUUGGUAGUACAUAUUAUGUAUUUCUGGUUAUACAUUUAAAACCGAUGCAUCGGUUAUACAACACUCGGGUUAAAAUGGCAUUUCCAAAUUGCUUCCUUAGACA